AUGUGCUUAAAUCUAAAGGAAGUUAACUUCAAUUAUGUAUCAAUUCAUACAGUCAUAAGAGAAAAUUUAAAUGAUGUACCUUCCAAAGUAGAUGUUAAAAAAGUUCCGAAUAAUUUUAAAAAACUUCAUCUAAAAGGUUGUUUACCAAGCGAUAGAUCUCCUCAACUUUCGAUUGAAACAUCAGAGGAAGAUACGGUGAUUGUUAAGUUAAGUUUUAGACCCGCUGCAAUACAAUGGAUAUUUUCAUUUCCAGCAGAUUUUAUCAACAACUUAGAGUUCAUAGACCUUUCUGAAAACGAACUGGAACAUAUAUCCAUGGAUCUAAAAGGAAUGUCGAAAUUGAAGGCGUUAAACGUUUCAAAAAAUAACUUGUUUCUGAUGAACACGGACACUUUAAUUAUAACAUUUGAUCUUCCCGAACUUGAAGAAUUACUAGCUUCAUACAAUGAAUUAGGGCAAGUACCACGUGAUAUUUUCACUCGGACUCCAAAACUAGCAAUAAUUGAUUUAUCGCACAACAAACUCAGUAGAAUAUCAUUUAAGAUUGAACAUCUCAAACUGUUAAAACGGUUAGAUGUAAGUUAUAACAACAUAAAAAGUAUAGGCGAUGAGACUAGAUUUAGUUUAAGAAAUAUGAUACAGUCACGGUCGUCAUUUAAUAGUAAUUUGACAGAAAGAAACAAUACCACGUUUCAACUGAAUAUAGCUGGCAACCCGAUUGAAUGUUCAUGCAGCUCAUUAGAGUUUCUUAAAUGGGCGAUGUUCCAACAUUUCAUAAUUCCACAAAUGCUCACAUGUUCUCUCAAAGGUGGAAGACAUGUUAUUGACACAGACACCGUCGCAGAAUUAGAAGAAGCAUGUAAACUUCCUAUAGUGGUCGUUAUUGGUUCAUCCAUUGGAGGAGUAACAUUUUUGCUAAUGAUAUUUGCUGCUUUCAUUCUGUUUAAACGCUGCAGUCAAAAUAAAAAACGUCGCAUUUUGCAAAAUCGUAUCCAGAACUAUGUACAGAAAAACGAGGAGAAGGAGUCAUUUCCGAUCUUUUUAUCAUAUUCGAGUAAAAAUUCUGAUUUCAUUUUGCGAUAUAUUUUACCUGAGUUAAAUAGAAGACUUAAAGAACGUUUGAAGGUCGAUACUGAUUGUGUCGCGCUGGGAGAUUAUAAUUUUGCAAUUGGUCGACAAGUUCCUGAUGAAAUGAUUCGAUGUAUAGAAAACUAA